AUGCGUCCCUGCAUCCCUCUCCGGGGAAUGCAUGGCUGCGGCAAGAAUUCUGACACUGAGAGAAGUUCUGCUAGAACAUGGCUUUCCUGUGCCUUAAGACCAGCUUCUCAGCAGAUUGUAGCCUCCUCAACUAUGUCUAGGAUGGUGCGUCAGUAUGUUCGUCAUUUUGGUCAGAGGCUGGUCCACAGGCGAGGAGAAGACACCAUAAAGGAGUCUGACGGUCUCAAGAUUCAGCUGAGUGCCACAGAGCUGGUGUUCUUGGGUGUGGGCAGGAACCUGGGAGCCGGCCUGUACAUCGUGCUUGGUGCAGUGGCCAAGUACGUAGCUGGACCAGCGAUUGUCGUCUGCUUCUUGGUGGCUGGCCUGUCUUCUGUGCUGUCGAGGCUCUGCUAUGUGGAGUUCGACGCCCGGGUACCACGCUCCUCUUCUGCGUAUGUCUGCAGCUCCGUCACGAUGGGACAGCUCUGGGCCUUCGUUGUUGGCUGGAACAUCAUACUGUUAUUUUUAAUUGCCAUUGCAUGUACAGCCCGCGCCUGGAGGUACGCCUUUGACAGCCUCAUUGGGGACCGCAUCUCUCAGAAACUGGAGGAAACUGUCCCUCUGCAUGCACCCUAUUUCCUGGCCACGUAUGCAGACGUUUUCGCACUGGGCCUGGUGCUGCUGCUUGCGGUACUACUCGCUCUGGGAGUUCCUGAGUCAGCCUGGGUUUACAGAGUGUUCACGGGCAUCAACCUUUUGGUUCUCAGCUUCAUCAUCGUCUCUGGCUUCAUUAAUGGAGACCUGCAAAACUGGAAGCUCACAGAACAGGACUACGCAUUGGCAACAGCUGUAUUCUCGUAUAGCUUGGGCCCUCCAGGUGCUGGAGGGUUUAUGCCUUUUGACAUUGAGGGGCUUCUCCAAGGAGCAGCUACGUGUUUCUACGCAUUUGUUGGUUUUGCUGCCAUUGCCGCUAGAGAGAGAGGAGACCUAAAGCCUCAGCGGUCCAUCUCCCUGAUCUCACUCCUCAUGUGCUUUUUGGCGUAUUUUGCUGUCUCAGCGGCGCUCACCCUCAUGGUGCCCUACUACCAGAUUCAUCACCACAGCCCCUUGCCCGAGGCUUUUCUCCAUGUUGGCUGGGGCCCUGCCAAAUAUGUGGUGGCUGUUGGCGUCCUCUGUGCUCUUACGUCCAGCCUCCUGGGUGACAUGUUCCCCAUGUCUCGGUUAAUCCGUGCAAUGGCAGAGGACGGGCUCCUUUUCCGGGGACUUGCCCGGGUCUAUGGUCACACAAAAAUCCCUGUCGUGGCCAUCAUGUCUUCUGGAAGCCUUGCAGGGAUCAUGGCAUUACUCUUUGAGUUCAGCCACAUUGCAAACCUCAUGGCAGUUGCGUCCCUGCUUGCUUACUCCAUCGUGUCCUUCUCGGUCCUUGUACUUAGGUACCAGCCAGGUCAGAAUUUAAGUAACAGUGAGAAAACGGAAGAAGAAACUGAGAUGGAGCUUGUACCUGUAGGAAGUCCUUUGGACUCUGUACCUGAAGCAGGAACCUCAAACAUUCUAAAGAGCCUGUGGUUCCCUACCAGCACCACCCCCACCCGGAAAUCUGGCCAGAUUGUCUAUAGAUGUGCCUUCCUGCUUGUUCUCCUGCUGAGCAUCCUGAGCCUGGUCCUGGCCCAGUGGCCCAGACGUGUGUUCUCUGGAGACCCUGUGCUCACAACAGUGGCUGUGCUGCUGCUGCUGCUCACCACUGGGGUGACGGCCAUCAUCUGGAGGCAGCCCCAGAGCCCCAGACCUCUUACGUUCAGGGUCCCUGCUCUGCCUGUCCUCCCACUGGUGAGCAUCUUCGUGAACCUUUACUUGAUGAUGCAGAUGACCUCUGGGACCUGGAUCCUCUUUGGCAUCUGGAAUGCCAUUGGAUUUGCCAUAUACUUUGGAUAUGGGGUCCGACACAGCUUGGAGGAGAACAAUGAGCCACCAGCCUCCAGCUCCCAGACUCCAGACUAAAACACCCCUAGUGAUGAAGCAUCUUAGCCAAAGGAAAUAGACGCUAUGUGGAUCCUUCCAUACACUGGAGGUAUCUGCUGGUUCAAGGCGCACUUUGAGCCUCUAUGGACUGUGCAAAUGGAAAGCAUUUAGUGCUCUGUAUUCAUUGCCAGUGGACAAAAUGACUUUGCUAUUGUAUAAUUUUUAAGUAAACUUUUUUAGCUUAAUAUGCAUCAGAAGAUUGCAUGCUUCAUAAGUUUGUAGUAAGAUGAAUCUUCACAAAGAAAGUGUUAUGAUGUUACUGACAACGAGAGGAAGAAAUA